AUGUCCUCUUGCGUCCUCCGGCAAAGGGCGACCUUCCUCCUCCGCUCUUUGACUUUCGUCCUUACCCUCGUCCUCGUGGUCCAGGUGCACUGGCUUUCGCUCGUCCCCUUCAGCGUCCGGCCUUCUAGGAGGAGCGUGGCGUGGGCGGUGGGCGAGGGCGCCGCCUGUCCUGGGCCCCCGUGCGACGUCUUCUUCCUCAAGACCCACAAAACGGCUUCCUCCGUCGUGCAGAACCUGCUGUUGCGUUGGGGCGCCAGACGCAGCCUCGUGUUCGGGGCGCCCGGGCGUGGCACUUACCUGGGUCACCCGAAGCCGUUCACCUUUGACCUCGUCCGGCACACGCCCUUGGUGCCGCCCUGGGGUGACCGGCGCGCAAACGUCAUCGCUCAUCACCUGCGUCUGAAGGAUCCUGAAGAGAUAUGCAAAAGCCUAAGCAAGGAUGCCGUGUGGAUCACCAUCAUGAGGGAUCCCUCGGCCUCCUUCCAGUCAAUGUUCUCCUACUAUAACCUGGAGGAUGAACUUCACACGCCCCUCCUCCGCCUCUUGGAUUACCCUCGCGCCAAGAUGAAUGCAUUCCCGCGCUACUUCGGCCGCAUCGGGAGGAAUCAGGUGCUCUUCGACCUCGGCGUGGAACCAGAGGACUUCGACUCCGCGGGCGUUGUGGAGGAAGCCAUUAGGAAGGUGGAGCAAAACUUCCACUUGGUUAUAAUCGCCGAGUAUAUGGACGAAUCCCUCAUUCUCCUGAAGGACUUGCUGGGACUGAAGACGCGCGACCUGGUGACCCUGAGCCAGAGGGUCCGCCUCCGCCCCGGCAACGCCACGCAGGACGCCCUCGACCCGCGAAGGAGCGCCAAGCUGAGGGACUGGCUUCGGGGAGACCAUCGGCUGCACCAGCACUUCUCUGAGCGGCUCCUGGAACUCGUGGCCCACUUCGGCAGGGCUCGGAUGGACAAGGAGGUCGCUGAACUGAGGGCCUUGCGCGAGGACACGAGGAGGAGGUGCGGCGUGUCGGAAUACGCCAGGAGGGACGACUCCAUCAAGAGUUACGGCAGGAAGGACCUCCCGCUUCUGGUGGGCUACAGAAGCACGGGAUCCAGCCACUUCUGCAGGGCGCUGGUCAAGCCGAACGUCGCGCUGACCCGGGAGGUGGUGCGGCGGCAGUUUCUGAGAUAUUUUCAGUAUCACUUCGGCGACAAGAAGUACGAGUUCUUUCCCGAGACGUGA